GGACUCUGCCAGAUACUGUGGGACCCGACAGGCAGACCGGCCGGUUUGGACCACACCGGUCGUGACUGGCACCAAGCCCUCUUCCCGAUGGCGUCACUCUGCUGUCCUGGACUCGAGCGGGAAAAUGUGGAUCUUUGGUGGCUUACAUGGAUACUACCUUGAUGAUGUGCACUGCUUGGACACGCAGGCAGACCCGCCGGCUUGGACCACACCGGCCGUGACUGGCACCAAGCCCUCUUUCCGAUAUGGUCAUUCUGCUGUCCUGGACGCGAGCGGGAAAAUGUGGAUCUUUGGUGGCUUUGUUGGAUAUCGAUCCUACCUUGAUGAUGUGCACUGCUUGGACACGCAGGCAGCAGACCCGCCGGCUUGGACCACACCGGCCGUGGCUGGCACCAAGUGGUGCCGCGCUCAGCGGAACCUCAUGGGCACUGUACGCCUGAACAUGUCUGUGAUGGAAGCAGACCCGCCGGCUUGGACCACACCGGCCGUGACUGGCACCAAGCCCUCUUCCCGAAAGGGUCACUCUGCUGUCCUGGAUGUGAGCGGGAAGAUGUGGAUCUUUGCUGGCACAAACGGAUCCCACUCCGACUUUGAUGAUGUGCACUGCUUGGACACGCAGGCAGACCCGCCGGCUUGGACCACACCGGCCGUGACUGGCUCCAAGCCCUCUUUCCGAUUUGGUCACUCUGCUGUCCUGGACGCGAGCGGGACAAUGUGGAUCUUUGGUGGCUUACAUGGCGCCGCGCUCAGCGGAUCCUACCUUGAUGAUGUGCACUGCUUGGACACGCAGGCAGACCCGCCGGCUUGGACCACACCGGCCGUGACUGGCACCAAGCCCUCUUCCCGAUCUAGCCUCGACCAGCAGCACAUCCACAUCCAUAUCAACUGCAACCGCCAGCAGCACAACGAGUACCGUAGGUUUGCCAGUCCUGUGAAUGCAACGGCUGGCACGGAGCAGGGCACCGAGCAUCGCUGGCGGAGCAUGUGCUUCUGCUGCCCUGGGGCAGACUAUCGAGAGACCCAGGGCCACUCGUGGAUGCGAGUCCACGAGCUUCAAGCCUAUCUGGCAACGAAUUCGGCCACAGAUACCCGCGCAAGGACAACAGCUUCUACUUCCCACUCGACGUCAAGCAGCUUUGGUGGGGAGGACGAACCUGGGCUGAGCUCUGCGGUGGUGGCCACACUUUCCAUCCUCAUAGUCACGCUGCUGUCGGCGGUCUUGGUUGGCAUUGCGGUGUGCAAGCGCAGGGCCAAAUCCAGUCUGGCGAAGUCGGGCGAGCGGCUGAUGCCACAGGCUUCCCUGAUUGCGGCAGCCUCCCUGGAAUUGGGAAUCUCUGCCCUUUACUUGCAGGCGACCUUUCCAGAAGAGGCUCGGGCGGCAACAGGCCGACGAGUCCGUCACCGGGAGGGCAAGAUCUAUGGAUUCGACACCUGGUCUGGGGGGAUGGCAGAUCCAAACUUCUACGAAAUUUGCAACGUCCUUGCCAUCGGUUCCAGCGGCAAGGGCUUCGGCAAAGUCUGUCCACGUGACAGCAGAGUAAACUGUAGCAUCGUUGAUGCCUUGGACGCGCCAGCACAGGGCAGAGCCACCCACUUCGUCUCGUGGUGCUGGCGCUACCGACUAGAAGUUGUGGUCGACUACAGAAUCCUCGAAGAGGGUAGCAUGUCCGGCUCUGCGGAACUUCAGACAAUCUUCGAAAGCCACCUGGCCAGUGCCGGCAAGAUGCUGGUCAUUUUGGACACCUUCCUAGAACCCUUGUACUACUCGCGCGCCUGGUGCCUUUUUGAAACUUACGUCUGUAUAGAGCAGGGGUUCCCACGGGACAUCCUACUGCCCAGCAGGGAGCUUGAGGCCUUUAAAGACAUGAUGAGAAAUGGUGAGGCCGAGCCCAUGCGUCGAAAGAUCCGUCAAAUUGACCUGCGACGCGCAGAAGCUACGGUGAAGGCUGACGAGGACAGGAUCAAAUUGAUGAUCUUCACCUCCUGUGGCUUUGACGCGGUGAAUCGAGUUGUCCAGACAGAGAUCCAGAAAUGGAUAUUGAAUGCCUUUGCCAUGUACAUGAGUGAUUAG